UGUCCUGCAAGCGAUGCCGCCGCCCGUCACAAAAGUUUUACGUAGUUCAGCGGCGGGCGAGGGCUGGCGCCUGGCGGAGAGAAGGGGCCUACCCAGGCGGCUGGCUGCUGCUGCUGCUGGUCUGCCAAAAAAAAAAAAAAAAAAGCCGCCCGAGUGUGCAGGGAGGGGCCGCGGCGGCUCCGUCCGUGCCCCAACAUGGGGGUGACCGUGGAGGCCCAGGGAGUUUAUAAAUAUCCUUUCGAGCAGGUGGUGGCCAGUUAUCUCCGCAAGUAUCCCAGUUCCAUGGAGAAAAAUGUUAUUGCUGUAAAAACAGUAGAAGAGAAAACAGACUUGUCUACAGGAGUCAUAUAUCGGAGAAGGAUUGCAACAUGCCAAAAUGUAAUUCCACACAUUUUAAGAAAGAUUAGUAUCCUGAAAGUAUCAGAAGUCUACUUAGAAGAGGAGUCGUGGCUUAAUAUGCAAGAUAGAAUUAUGUCUAUGAAGACUCACUGUCUUACGUGGACAGAGUAUGCCACCCUAAAUGAAGAAUCAGUCUUCAGAGAAAGCUCUGAAAAUCCAAAUUGGACAGAAUUUGUUCAGAAAGGAAAUAUAACAGUAAAAGGGACUGGAUUGCUGAAUUGCUUACUGGAAAUUUUUGCACGAUCCUUUUUAAAUCAAGGAGUCAAAAGGAGUAUUUCAAUCAUGGAGAGGCUUCUGCAAGAUCAGUUUGGAGGGCCUGUUUUAUAAUGAAAAAUGAACUAAAGUCUCCGUAUAUCUAAGUUGAUACAUAGCACUACAUCCUUACUUCCAACCUUACAUUUUACUGAAGUUAACCGUCUGGAUUGUUUUAAUGAAGAAAAAAAGAUUGUUGAAGAGAAGAGAAAGAUUUGAAAUCUCCCCUAAAUAGCCUAUAUGGAAUCACAUAAUUUGAACAGUAUGUGCUCCAGAACGACCAGGGAGAAAGAAAUAUUAUUUUGAAAAAUGAUCACUGUGUAGUUCUCUGAUUUCAAAGAUGUAAAUAUUUAUAAGAAACCAUCCAUUUGAAAAAUAACUCCCAAAUCUUUAGUUAAAGGAAAAGCUUACUAGCCAAAAGGAAUAAGCUUUUCAUGUAUUUUCCUGUAUGCAUAAUUUUUCUUGACAGAAUAUAUUUCAUGGAAACUGAAUUAAGAGAUGAUGUGAAUUUAUACUAUAUGAUCACAUAAAGACAUCUAAGAAUAAGAAUUUAGUUUUUUAAAAAUAUUAAUUAUUCUGCUAUAGUAUAAAAUCAUAAACAUACACAAAUGCUACAGUAUUAAUAUAUUUUGGAUUACCAAUAUAGCCCUUAAAAUGUGAACCAUUGCAAAACAUUAUGGGGUACCUAAAUUUGUAAAUGCUUAUGGUUUUUUAGUAGCCUCUAUCUAAAUUCAGAAUGGCAAAUCAUUUUUGUAUUGUAAAACCUUUUCAGUGAUGGUAUUUAAUUAGUUCAUUUUAAGUACAGUUGGGUGAAAUAGAAGAUUAACUUGAGACACCCUAUUAAGUAUAACUAAACAGUCUGUUUGAAGUGUGAAAUGUAUUUGAUAAAAAUAUAUAGAGGUCAAGGUUACAAGAUUCUAAUGGAUCUUAAAAUUCCUUGUAGACUAGUGAGGAUAUCAGACUUAUAACAAGCAGUGACAUAUCUAUAUAUAUUCUACAUAUUUUUCACUAUUGGUACAUCAAGUAGCUGAAGUGCUAAGAGUUAGUUAAUAUAUCCACCCGGAAUCAGCAAAUUAGUUGCAUUAAAUAAAUAUUAUAAACAUCAAAUAGGGAUCUGGGUGAUGCUUAGAUAAAUAUUUGAGUUUCAAAUUACUUAGGUUUUGAUUAAAUAAAAUUAUAUUCUGGAGAAAUAGAGAUAUUGUUUCAACAUACAGCUUUCCAUCCUGCAGUUUUAUGAUGAAGAUUGCUGGAGUGAGCUGGAGUGAAUUUACAUUUAUCAAGCACAGCGGUUCCAUUGGGUCAUUUUUAAUUUCUUUCAGCAAUGAAAUGGUCUAACCAUUUGAACAGCUGUUGGACAGCUGGCUAAUGGACCCAAAAAGUGUGCCAACUGCCUGCUGUUUCCCUACUUUUUCUUCUCUUUUAUUAAACAUGUUGAAAGCAGGAUGGAUGUUCCCAGCAGUAUGAAUAUUAAGCAACAGUGAAGACAAUCCUUCUUUCCUGCUGUGUUUGAAUUUUGCCCUCAUUUUUCCACAUGUGAACAAAACAUUCACAUAGGGGGGAAACAAAAAGAUGAAAAUGAAUAUGCAUUGUAAUUGUUACAAAGGCAGAAUUGAUAUAUGAAGCUUGCUCUUAUAGUUUAUUGAAAUGCUGAAGACCCAACAAAACUCCCACCUAAAAAUAUACACAUGCAUCAAUAUAAUAUUAUCUAGAAUAUAAUAGAAGUAGUGUUGAGCCUCCAAGGAAGUUGUUAAGAAUUAUUUUGUUAGAAGGAUGUAAAAAUGCAUCGUUAUUGAAUAAAAAACUUUUUUAUGUUAUCGUUUUACAAUUAUGGUAACUUAUCAGUUACCAGGUGCUUUAUGAAUAGCAAGAUCAGCUAGUGCUAGCAAGCAUCAGCUAGUGCUAGAAGGGCUAAUGGGCUAUAUUAAAAUAAGCAUUUUAUCAAAAAUGUUUGAAGUUGUUAUUCCCCUCUAAUCUAUCACACCUGGAACAUACUGAUUGAUUCUGGGUAUUGCAUUUCCAGAAAGAUUGACAAGUUAGAAUAAGUUCAGAGAAGGGCAAGAAAAUUGAUAUAGAGAGAUGACCUGCCCUGUGAGGACAGGCUAAAAGAAUUUGGGAUGAUCAGUUUGGAGAAAAAACUGAAAGAAGAUAUCUUGGGAUUCAAGUACUUAAAAGUGUGCCAUAGAGACGAUAGUCAGGAACUAUUUUAAUUGCCAUGGAAACAAGGUCCAGAAAUAAUACCCAGCUAACAAUAAAUAACUACAUACAAAUGAUGGGUAUAAAUAUAGGGUCUGGAUGGGAAACAGCAGGCUUCAACUGAACCUGUUAAGGCUAAGUGGCUUUGAGUUGUAGGGCCUUCUGGAUCUGGGAAUUUAAUACUGGAGUUUCACUGCCCCAAUCAGAUCUGGUGUGCAAUUUGGGAGUCCUACUGAAUUCAUGACUCAUAAAGCAGGUGCCAAUCAUAGUAGGAGGGACUUUGUCCUAGUUGUGCCCUGGAUCAUGAGUCUCUACUUGCAGUUACUCAUGCUCAGGUCACCUUCCAAAUGGACAAUUGUAACGUACUGUAUAUGAGGCUGUUCUUGAACAGCAUCUAAAAGCUUCAACUGCUGGAAAAGCGAAGUUAUGAAUGUUCCUAGAAUGGCCCAUAUUCAACCUAUUCUGUGUGCGCGGCCUUAGUUGCUGGCUUGCAACGGUUCAAUUCAAGGUGCUGGUUUUGAUCUCUAAAGCCCUACAUGGCAUGGGAUCAGGUUAUUUGAGGGACUACUUUUCCCUGGAUACUUCUACUCAUCCAUCAGGUCCAGAAGGAGGAGUGUGUGUAUGGCUCCUACCUGCUGAAUAAUUCCAUCUAAUGGUGCCUGGGAGGUGGGCCUUUUCACAGAAUCUGCUCUUUGGGACAUCAUUGCGCCCCUCCCCCCCAAUGAAAUGGGGAUCCCAUAAAAUUGUAGCACUGUGUGGGAUGCUGGUUCAUUCAACUUAUUUAUAUUGUUUAAUUUUUUUAUUUGUUUUAACUGGUUUCUCCAUAGAUGUUUUAACUUUUCAUUGUAUACUGCCUAGAAUCGUGUUUGUGAGAUGGGUGAUUAUAUAAAUCAAAUAAACAACCUCAACUAACCGGA